CUGGCUAAAUUGCCAAGGCUGGCCUCAAACUUAUGAUGUUUCUGCCUCAGCCUCCAAAAUUGCUGGGAAUAUAGGUGGGCAUCACCAUGCCCUGUUCAUAACCUGAGUUUUAAAAGAAAUGCCCACUGUGUCUUUUUUACUGGUAUUUUCAUUUAUGUCUCAAAUGCAAGAGACAAGCCUGUUGGCAACUCGAGUUUCUUUUGUUUCUCUGAAAAUUUCAUCUACCAUGAUGUGGCAGCUUGUUAAAGAUGUCAUUCCCUUAGCUAGGUCUUUUUUUUUAAUUCACAAUAUGUGUAUUUAGCCCAUCUUUUCCAUGAAUGCAGAUUUAAAAAUGGAAUGUAGCUCAGUGGUAGAGCACUUGUAUCAGAUGUAAUGCACAAGGACCUGAGUUCAAUCCCCAACAUGGCAAAAACUACAUAAAAAUAAAAUGGCAUUCAUUUCCCAGAACUGUAAGAAGUAUUGUUUGCAUUUCAUAGCCUGCUGUGUUCCUUUGCUAACAGAGAUAAAUUUUUUCCCCGUUUGAACUUUCAUAACAUUGUGAAAGGGAAAAAACAGAACAUGGUCAGGCAAUUUCUAUUCUGCAUUUUUUCCCUCAGAAUCAAAUAGCCUGUAUACUGCAGGCAAGCUCUGGAAUGCGCAGACUUAGUGGUUCAGAAAAGAAAGAAAGGAGGGUCAAGAUUUUAGAAAGAAUUUCCUGAAGUUCCAGAAUGGGAAUAAUCAGCCACCAGCCCAACAUGAUAUUCUAUUUUCUAAAAAGUACUGCUGUCCUUGGACCCCUUAUGAAGGUCUGCUCUGAGCACUUCAUGGUUCUGCUGUUAAAAUCUCAGCCAUUGAGAGCUCCAGAUCCAAUAUUUCAGAGGUCUUCCUGGACCACAGAAGAGCUAGGCAAGAGUACAAGGGGAGAAGGAGAGAAGAGGCCACUCUGACUUUGUGCUGCUCCUUUGGUGUGGAGUGGAGAUGGGAGUUAUGGGAGGUGUGCUGAAACUGGAAAGAAACUGAAGUGCAUGAUCCCAUGUGUCUCCUCAGGAACUAUUUCCAUUAUCAGUAUACCCUACUUCAUGGUGUUCACUAGAUUCUGGUACUUGGCUGUGCUUGCCUUAGCCUGGCUUGCUUAUGAUUGGAAUACUCACAGUCAAGGUGGUAGGCAUUCAGCUUGGGUACGAAACUGGACCCUCUGGAAGUAUUUCAAAAAUUACUUCCCAGUAAAGCUGGUGAAGACACAUGACCUUUCUCCCAAACACAACUACAUCAUUGGCAGCCACCCCCAUGGAAUUUUCUCUUAUGGUGUCUUCAUCAACUUUGCCACUGAGGCCAGUGGUUUUGCUCGGAUUUUCCCAUCCAUCACUCCCGUUUUAGCGACCUUGGAAGGGAUCUUCUGGAUCCCAAUUGUGCGAGAAUAUGUAAUGUCAAUGGGUAUAUGCCCAGUGAGUGAGUUGGCCCUGGAGUACUUGCUGACCAAGAAAGGCUCAGGAAAUGCUGUGACUAUUGUGGUGGGUGGAGCUGCAGAAGCCCUCUUGUGCCGCCCAGGAGCCUCCACCAUCUUGCUAAAAAAUCGCAAAGGUUUUGUGAAAUUGGCUCUGAAGACAGGGGCAUACCUUGUCCCUUCCUAUUCCUUCGGUGAGAAUGAAGUUCACAAUCAGGAGACGUUCCCUGAAGGCACAUGGUUAAGAUUCUUUCAAAAAAUCAUCCAGGGAGCAUUUAAAAAAGUCCUGGGAAUAAAUUUGUGUACCUUCCAUGGCCGGGGCCUCACUCGUGGAUCCUGGGGCUUACUGCCUUUCAAUCGGCCCAUUAACACUGUUGUUGGGGAACCCCUGCCAAUUCCCAAGAUUAAAAUGCCCAACAAGGAGACUGUGGACGAGUACCAUGCACUCUACAUCAGUGCCCUGCGCAAGUUGUUUGACCAACACAAAGUUGAAUAUGGCCUUCCUGAGACUCAGGAGUUGACAAUCAUAUAACAGAAGCCAGAUUCCCUGUUACUAAACCCACAAAGUCACAAAGGAUCCAAAUAGAGAAAAUAAUAAAGGAAGAAUGUGGAGAGGAGCUGGAUCUUAAGGAUAUGAAGUGAUGACAACCAAGCCAAAAGUACUUAUUGAAUCUGGGUUCCAGAAAUGGUAUCCCCUCCCAAGUGACAGAGUCAAAUAUGGAGAAAGGAAACAGUUUUAGGGCAACAACCCUGUUUAGAGUCUUAUGAGUCACUCUAACCAACUAAUUGAAGUAACGAGAAGCCAACAAACACUGUGCCCUGUCCUCCUAAACCUUAGCAAUACCAUUACUAUUUAGGGUUAAGAUGAGAAGCUUUGUGUAGAAGAAAGGUAGCUUGUUUCAUCUCAGGUUCUUUCCUUACAAUUUGGGGACUGCCACAAGGUAAACAAGGGGCCUGAACUGUGGCUCAUGCAGACAGGAUUCCCUCACCUAUGACAGAGUUCCAGAUCCACCAUGAAACUACGUGUUUCUUCUAUAAAAAUAAAGUUCUAGAUAUAUAAAACAGUA